GACCGAAGCCUUGAAAACCGCAACUGUCGCGCAAACUCUGUCUCCUUCCACCUCUGCCACGCGCCAACAAACAAAAAAGCCAGCAAAGCCCAAUCGGUCGAAGGUCCUGCGAUGCUCCACCUCUCUACCUCCUUCCAAUGACCACCAUAUGGAUUGUGCAUAUAUGGAUUGUGCAUCUCCUGCUUAGGAAAAGCUGAAUUUUGCUCUUGCGACCACCAGGUGGGCUCCUGGACUUCGACGACAUGAAUGACUUGGACAUUAGAUGGCUCGGGAUCGGACCGCAUCCAAAUUAAUCAGAGAAGGAUGGCACUAUUAAUUCUCCAUCACUUGUACUAUCGAGGAAAUCUUUGCGUUGGAUCCAAGAAGUGGUUCAAGAACAGCACCGCCCUCCUCCACGUCCAGACAUGGGACAACAUCAGCAGAGCAAGCCCAGAAAUACUAUGGGUAGUAGUAGAGCAUGUCCCACCUAAGCUUGUAUUGCCCCCUCAGGUAACCUAAUUAAUGAUGCUAGAUUAGUAGUAUUUGUUCUUCCAUCUAUUUGUGAGUAUUUUAGUAUUCGUGUAGAAGUUGCAGUGCUAGAUUAGUCGUGUGACUGCCACUUCUUAUCUUCCUUGUUCUUUGAUCUAUUGUGAAUAAUUCGGUAUAUGCCAGUAUACUCUUAGAGAUGGAUUUUUUUUCUUCUCCAAAUACCUUAGAUAACAACAAAUUUUUAUUUUUAUUAGAAAAAACAAAAAAUAGGAUAUUUGGAGAUGCUCUUAGUCAUAGAUGUAACGGAAAAAAAAAAGAAAUACAAAGGCAGCAGAGGAACCAUGUCCACUUUUAGCAAAUCGUUCAUUCUUCUCCUUCUCUGCAUCACUCAUUCACAGAAACUGCGGGAGGCCCCUAAACAAAACAAUGAGCAAGAAUUGAGGAUCGGAUCGCCGAUCCAUGGACCAGCUCCGCCAGGUGGGCGAGGCCCUCGGCGGCGUGCAAGCGCUCAUGGCCUUCGCCGACGAUCUCCGCAUCAACCCGCGGCAAUGCAGCCUCCUCGCCGACGCCUGCGCGCUGGCUUUCGCCGCCGUAGCCGCCGAGGUGCGCGCCCACCUCCGCUUCAGCGAGCGCCUGGCCAAGUGGAAGCCCCUGGAGGCGCCGCUCCGGGAGCUCCACCGCGCCGUCCGCGACGCCGAGGGCUACGUCCGCCACUGCCUGGAGCCGCGGGACAGCUGGUGGGCGCGCGCCGCCGCGGCCACGCACGGCGCCGACUGCGUGGAGCAGCACAUGCACAGCCUGCUGUGGAGCGUCGCCCUGGUGCUGGAGGCCGUCGAGCUCGUCUCGGAGGUGACGGGGUCCGACCCGGACGAGCUCGCCCGGCGGCGGCUGCUGUUCGCCAAGGACUACGACAGGGACAUGCUGGAGCCGAGGCUGUUCCGGCAGAGGCUCGGCGCGCGGUACCUGGCCACGCGUGAGCUCGCCGCCAGGAUGGACGCGGCGUGGAAGGAGGACCGGUGGCUCCUGUUGCAGUACCUCGAGGAACGGAGGAGCCCGGGCUCGCCGAAGCCGCUGACGCGGAACGAGCACCGGCUGGCCGACCUCCUGACGGCGCCGCGCGGGAAGGUGCACCCGGCGUCCGUGCUCCUGCAGGGCGACUUCCACGUGAGGAGGCGCCUGGUGGGCAACCUCAAGGAGGUGCAGUGGAUGGGGGAGUCCUUCGCCGUGAAGCACUUCGUCGGCGCCGACGCCGACGCCGUGGGCGCCGAGGCCGCGCUGCUCACCUCCGUGGCGCACCCGAACGUAGCGCACUGCCGGUACUGCUUCCACGACGAGGACAAGCGGGAGUUCUUCCUCGUCAUGGACCAGCUCAUGACCAAGGACCUGGCCAGCCACGUGAAGGAGGUGAACAACGCCAAGCGCCGGGUGCCGUUCCCGCUCGCCGUCGUCGUCGACGUCAUGCUGCAGAUCGCGCGGGGAAUGGAGUACCUGCACUCGAGGAAGAUCUACCACGGCGACCUGAACCCGUCCAACGUGCUCGUCAGGACGCGGCACGCGGACGCGCACCUCCACGUCAAGGUCGCCGGGUUCGGGCAGUCCGCGGCGACCGUGGCCGCCGCCAACCCCAGGCCCAGCCCUAGGGCGUCGGCGAAAGCAGCAAACGCCACCGUCGCCGCCUCCAACCCUUGCAUCUGGUACGCCCCGGAGGUGUUCGAGCAGGAGGCGGCCAAGUGCACGGAGAAGGCGGACGUGUACAGCUUCGGGAUGGUCUGCUUCGAGCUGCUGACGGGGAAGAUCCCGUUCGAGGACAACCACCUGCAGGGGGAGCACAUGAGCAAGAACAUCCGCACCGGCGAGCGGCCGCUGUUCCCGUUCCAGGCGCCCAAGUACCUGACCAGCCUCACCAAGCGGUGCUGGCACGGGGACCCGGCGCAGCGGCCGGCGUUCGCGUCCAUCUGCCGCGUCCUCCGCUACGUGAAGCGGUUCGUGGUCAUGAACCCGGCCCCCGCGGAGCAGCCGGACGCGACGCCGCCGCCGCCGCCCGUGCCGCCCGUGGACUACCUCGACGUCGAGGCGAGCCUGCAGAGGAGGUUCCCGGCGUGGCAGUCCGGAAACGCGGCGCCGCGCGUCUCCGACGUGCCGUUCCAGAUGUUCGCGUACAGGGUGAUGGAGAAGGAGAGGAACAGGGCGGCCAUCCUGCACAUCGGCGGCGGCGGCAGGGACAAGGCCUCCGACUCCAGCAGCGAAGGCAACUCGCUGUGCGGGGACGAGAGCGGCAGCGCGACGCUGUCGGACGCCGAUGCUCUGUCCGUGUCGAGCCGCGGCACCACCAUCACCACCACCACUACGCGGUCGCUGCCGGACCGCGCUGGCAGCAGGAAGGCGUCGCCGAGCGACCGCGCCAGCAGCAGGAAGGCGUCGCCGAGGAAGGUGGAUAGCAGCAGGGUCGCAACCCGGCUAGCAGGGCGACCGGAAAAAUCCAAGUCGAUGGAGAAGUCCAAGUCGAUGGGCGUGGUGAGGCCGCCGCAGAUCAUCAGGCGGACGCAGAGGAUCAAGUCGGACGGCCACCUGAAUUCGGACGUGAUACCGUCUCCCCGGCGGCGCGGUUCCGGCGGGGGGCACGCUUCAGACUCUGAAAUCUGAACUAGCCUGAGAAUGCAGGAAUCUUCGUUGUCGUGGAGUAUUCUGAUAAACAUUUUUGUCGACUAGACCAUUGAUUAUAUGAGAAUUACUUCUCAGAUGUGAACAAAUAUUUCAAAAACAAA